AUGGGGAGUGAUCAUGAAUAUCUUCUUUUACACUGUGAGGUUCGAUGGUUAUCGAGAGGGAAUAUCUUGAAAAAACUAAUCGAAUUGAAGGAAGAUGUUUCGGUAUUCUUAGAACAAAAUCCUCCAACAUCUAAAGAUGCAAUUUUUGAAUUUAAGGACAGAUAUCAUGAUGCUAAUUGGUUAGUUAAGGUAGCCUACAUUUGUGAUGUGUUUGAUUUUUUGAAUAAUUUAAAUUUGGCACUUCAAGGUGAAAAUGUGAAAAUAUUUAAAGUAGUAGAGAAGGUGGAAGCUCCAACAAAAAAACUUAAUUUGUGGUCACGUCGCGUAAAAAAAGGAAAUUACGAGGCUUUUACAAUACUGACAGCAUUUCAAAAAGAGAAUAACAUAAGUUUCAUGCCAAACGAUACAUCAGCUCUUAUUCAGGAACAUUUGCAAGGACUGGAAGCUAAUCUAAAAGCAUAUUUUCCUCCAAUUCACAGUAAUAAAGCAUGGAUAAGAAACCCAUUUUCAAUCAAUAUUGAAACAACAUUUUCGGACUUAAAUGUUGAAUCAUUAAUUGAACUCUCGUGUGACACGGCACUCAAAGACAUAUAUAAGGAUCGACCAUUAAUACAUUUUUGGUUAUCUUGUCGUUAA